AUGAACACUUCUGCGUCGAUCUAAAACGAUACUUGUAAUGGAGUUGAAACAAAUCGAGUUUGUAAAGUUGCAUCAACUAAUCGUGAUAGAUAUAAAAAAAUGAAAGCUUAUGAUUAUCUUUGUAAAACUGGAUAUGAACAAGUACCAGGAAUUGAUAUUUAUCAAAGUCACUAUAAUCAAAUUUAUACGACUUUACAAGUCUAUCGAACAUAUAGAAUGAAUAAUCAAUGUGCUGCAAAUCCCAUUGAUUGUGGUGGUGGAACAUGUGCUUAUAAUGCAAAUUCAAAUAAUUCAUUACCUACUUGUUAUUGUAAUAAUUCAUUGACACUUAUUCAAUUAUCGGCAGGAAAAUAUGAUUGUAUUUUGUCCAUCUAA